AGUAAAUCCAAGAGGGGUUACACAAUUGAGCUUCCACCAAUUUUGAAAGGUUGGGGAGGUUCGUCAGUUUGGUUUUCCCCUCGUCUACACCACUCGUCGCACUCUCGUGCGCAUCCAACGCAGUCCAUCUCAACUCGUGGAGCACGAUGGUGACGUUGGGAGCAGCGGUUGCUGGCGCCGUGGGCGUCAGCGGCGGCUUUGCCCUCUCCUUAGGGGGGUGGUCAAGCAUGUCUCUCGGCGCAAAGUCGCUCUUCAUAUCCGUGCAACUGCUCGCAAGUUUCGGCAUGGGGUUCAUUGCAAGCUACAUGAUCAUGGACAACCUGGCGUCCGUCGCCGAAGUCCUGCGCAUAGGCAUUGCCGCCGGUGUCGGUGGGGGCCUGGCGCUGUUGAUUGUUUUCGCCACGUCGUUGGGCCCCUAUGUACUCAUUGUGCUGUCCGGUGCCAUCCUCGCGCCGUGGCUGCUCGUGUUGGAUCGGUACACUGGAAAGGUGUUCUUGGGCCAGCCGAGCUUUGCCAAGCAGGAGUUUCUGGUCGCGUUUGUGAUCAUUUACUUCCUGCUGUUCGUAUCCAGCUCCAAGAGUGUGGACGUGGAAACCCAUCGCUUCAAGUAUCUCCUAAUGAGCGCCAUCAUCGGGGGGUGGCUGUUUUCAGACGCCGUGUUCCGCCUGGCGUUCCCUACCCACGUCCCGUUGUCCAACCUCCUCUUUGGCAUCAUCGGCGUCUCUCAAAAGCCCGACUUGCCUGACUUGAGCACCGACAACAAGAUGCUCAUGUUUGUCAUCUGGGGCGGCGUGUCCUUGGUCGGCAUGAUCAACCAGCUGGCUAUGCGAUGGGGCCUCUUCUGCUACAACAAGGUUGGGGGGCACCUCCCCCUCAACGGCGUCUUGCAGGAAGACCUCCCCGAGUUGCCAGUGGGAGCGGCCGCGUCGGCCGCGGUGGUCAACAACCGCAUCGUGUGUGAAAACUGCUUCGCGACUGUCCCCCCCGCCACUGCGUUUUGCACAGAGUGCGGGGAAGCCAUCGCGACCAACGGCCAGGGCGACCCGAAUGUGUCCAUCUCAACGUCGCAAAUGCCGUCCGUGGCCGUCGGUGCCGACGGCAAGACCCCCGAGCGAUGGACAGAAGUGCCCAACCGGGCAUUCAUGGCGUCCACGUCGUUUGUCGACCCCAAGAAAAUGACGGAGAAGACGACGGAAGCGCGGUCGAUUCGGUUCAUGGACCAAGGCGAAGGUGGCGGCGCUGGAGCUGGCGGUAAGAACCCGUACGAGUCGUCGUUCCGGUCGUUUGCGAUGAGCACGUUCUCGAUUGCGGGCCGCGCGGCCGAGCCGGUGCAGACCCCCAACAUCCGCAAGUACAAGAUGUCGGGCGGUGGGUUCUUCCACAUUAUCUACUUCCUCUCGGCCAUCACGGGCGUGGUGUGGCUUGUGUUUUUGAUCACGUUUUACCCCCGCGAGUCGCCGUGCAACCAGACACAGCCGCAUUUGGGCUGUUCGCUCAUCGAAGACAGCAUCAAGUUGAUGAACGGAUGCUACCCCAGUACCGAAGAGAAGAACGUGGACUUGGCCACGAACGAACCGUACUGUAUCAAGCCCACUCCAGGUGGCGUGUGGUUCUGCUACAUCAUAUUUGUCGGGUCGGAGUACCUCAACUUUUUCCUGGGGUUGCUCUUCAACUUUUCCAUGUGGCGCCCCGUCCGACGCGGCGCGCGGUACCUGAACGACUUCAAGCCCGCGCUUCCCAAGGAACAAUGGCCCAACGUCGACAUAUUCCUCUGCCAUUACUCUGAACCGGUCGUGGACACGAUGAAGACGCUCAAGAACUGCCUGGCAAUGCAGUAUCCCCCCGAGCUGCUCCGCAUUUGGCUGUGUGACGACGGGUACACCAAGUCUGUGUGGGAUGCCAACAACCACUUCAAGGUGACCGUGAACACCAAGAACAUUCAAUUCUGCGGCGACUUGCGCGGCGAUGUUGCUCGAUUGAUGCAUGAACGCGUGGUGGGUCCUGUCAGCGACGACAAUGCGCUCAAGACGUGGCGCCGCCAGCACUCUAGCGUCCGUGAGAUCAAGGGCUCGGGGGACAAGGGCAUCCAGCGUCGCGAUUGCGCGGUCGGGUCGCUCAGCGACGACUACGACUACCGCGACCGCGGCCUGCCUCGCGUCACGUUUGUCGGCCGCAUGAAGCCAGAGACGCAUCAUGCCAAGGCUGGUAACAUCAACAACAUCCUCUUCAACGAAGGCGCCGAAGGCAAGUACAUUUUGAUUUUGGAUAACGACAUGAAGCCCCACCCCAAGUUUCUCUUGGCGGUGCUGCCCUUCUUCUUUUCCGAAGGAGAGGCGGUCGACGGCGGUGGACGCCAGUACUCGGACGACAUUUCGUGGAACCAAGUCGCGUACGUGCAGACGCCGCAGUACUUUGAAGACACGCCACAGCUGACCGAGAUGGGCGAUCCCUGUGGGCACAAAAACACGAUCUUUUUCGACGCUGUCCAGUGCGGUCGCGACGGGUUCGACUCGGCCGCGUUUGCCGGGACCAACGCCGUGUUUCGUCGGCAAGCGUUCGACUCGAUCGGUGGCAUUCAGUACGGGACGCAGACGGAAGAUGCUUACACUGGCAACAUUUUGCACACGGCUGGGUGGGACUCUGUCUACUUCCGCAAGGAUUUCGAAGGCGAUGCCAAGGACCGCAUUCGGCUGUGCGAAGGGGCCAUUCCAGAAACUGUGGCUGCUUCGUUGGGUCAGCGCAAGCGUUGGGCGAUGGGUGCCGUGCAAAUUCUGCUCAUGAAAGGUGACUCGGAAGUGGACCCGGACUGGCGCCCCCCGCGUGUGGCGGCUCCGGACCCGAAGCCGGCCCUCAACUUCCCCCGCAAAUUGUUCUUCUACGACUCAGUGUUCUACCCAUUUGGGUCGAUUCCUGCGUUGUGCUACGUGUUUAUCGCUAUCUACUACCUCAACACGGGGGAUGCACCGAUCUACACCCAAGGCAACUUGCUCUUGUACACGUUUUUGCCGCUCAUGUUGUCUCGAUGGAUGCUUAACUUGUUGGCCAACCGAAGCGUCGACUCGAACGACGUGUGGCGCGCCCAGCAGACGUGGUUCUCGUACUCGUUCAUCACGGCGCUGGCCAUCGGCGAAGCCAUCCGUUGGCGUCUCACUGGGGUCAUCUCUGCGUGGGCCAACACGGGCGCCGGGCAGAAGACAUCGUGGACGGAAAUCCCCAAUGUGCUCAUGUACUUCACACUGAUCGUUUCCGAGUUCGUGGCGCUGAUUCGGUUCUUCCAGUACGAAAACGCCACGAGUCCGUGGAAUUACGUGUCGGCCAUGUUCUUUGGCUUUUGGGUCAUGAGCAACCUCUACCCCAUGGUCAAGAUGAGCAUCUCCACGUACGCCGGAUGGGACCACACGAGCGCGACGUUCACGGCCAACGUGUUCGGGUCGCUGCUGCUCGUGGGCAUCGUCGUGUUCGUCCAGUACUGGCAAAUGUACUUCGAAGUCAACAUGUUGCAUGCCACAGGCCAAGUCGCCGCCGGCACGGGGGUCUAAAUUUAUUCCGCUGCAUGACGUUAGGCUGCAUAUACCUUUUCGUUAAUAUAAACUCUUGCACUUGGAUCGGAAAUCCCGAGGAAGUUCCAUGGCGUUCAAGAGAGAUCCUUGACCA